CGGGAACGAAGAGACCCACCCAACCUAGAUAAGGAAGGUUGGCCGUCGCCGGCGCUCCAUCGCGCCGAGGGCCCGAUCGACGGCGCUCGCGUCAGAGGCCACCGCUGCUCUUGAGCUGCAGGGGCUUGCGGGGGCGCGGCGCGGCGAUGCCCAAGCAGCAGCAGCUGGACCGGCUGGGGUUCCUGAGGCACUUCAGGAAGCUGUCGCAGAGCGCGCACCUCUGGCCCUACGACGUCCUGGUCAUUGUCACGGGGAAGGCCGCGUGGGGGCCCGGGGACUCGCAGAAGAAGUCGACCGCGUUUAUCCACUGGUUGUUCGGCCUGUUCUUCCCAGAGGUCGCGGUGGCGCUGACGAGGACAGGCAUGGUAGUGCUUACGAGUGCGAAGAAGGUGGAGUGCCUUCGGCAGCUCUGCGCGCAGACGGACGGCGACCCCGAAGUGGACCUCGUCACGCGAGCCCCCGGGGACGUGCUCGAUCAGGCCCAGCUGGCCGAGGUGUGGCAGCAGGUGGUCGGCAGGAGCAGGCUGCAGGGAAGCAUUCGCGUGGGUACGUUGCUGCAGGAGAGAAAGAAGGGCGAGUUUGCGACGUCGUUUCAGAACGCUUUGGCGACACUUCCCAGAGUAGCUGAGGUCUUCGAGUGCCAGGAGCAGAUCUCGACCGUGCUGAGCACCAAGGACGCGAUUGAGCUUCAAUCGGUGCGAAAGGCAGCUGGCAUCGUGACCGCCCUGAUGUCGUCGGUUUUCAUUAGCAAUUUGGAGUCCGUCGUUGACGAUGAGCAGCAGUCAACUCAUAAGGAGGUGGCUGACACUGUCAUUGCAGCUCUAGAAACGCCUGGUAGACUGCAAGGGGUGGUUGCGCUCGAGUCCGCCGAAGUCGGAGAGCUCGAGCUCCAGUAUGUGAGCCUUCAGUCUGGCAGUGGUGUCAGACUCGCGCCCUUCAUCGAGUCAACCGUGGGCGACCUGCCUAUGCAUGGUACGUAUUUGGUCAACAGCCUCGGGUUGACUUGCGAGGAGUACUCCGCUUGCAUUGCCAGGACGCUGCUCGUCGACCCCGUUGACGAAGCGCGACAGGCCUACGACUUGCUGAACGAAGUUCAUGGCCAGGUGCUUCGCAACUUGAUCCCCGGAAUGCCUUUCAAGGACGUGUACUCGGCGGCAGCGAAUUUCGUCGCCAGCAGAAGUACCGUUUUGAAGAGCAAGUUCUCUGAUAGCGUGGGCUUCGUGACGGGCAUCGAGUUCCGAGAUCCUCUGCUGGUGAUCAAUGCGAGCAGUCCAUAUAAGGUCGAGGCUGGCAUGACCUUGUGUUUAUCCGUGGGCUUCAGCUCUCCUGGUCCUGAGACCUGGGCUGUCUGGAUCGCUGACACGGUCGAGCUGCAGGAGGGCACGGACUCGUGUGGUGUCAACCUGACAGCAGGGUGCAGCAUCCUACCUUCGGACGUCGUGUUCGACACAGGGGAUCCAGCCAUGCCUCCAGGUGAGGCUGCGGAGGACGGCGGGGAUGCCAGCCAGGGCGCGGAGGUGGCGGAAGAGGCGGCGCCCGCGGCCGCGGCGGACGGCCUCCCGGCCCCCGCGGCGGCCGAGCCAGCGCCAGCGCCCGACGCCGUCGAGCCGGCGGAGGACCGGCCGAGGGGCACCGCGAAUCCGGGCUCUGGCGCGGCCGACCCAGCGCGUGAACCAGCGGGCGACGCGUCCAGCGCGGAGGAAGCGGGGCCGGUCAGGAAGCGACCCGCCGCCCGCGGCGGCCGCGGCGGCCGCGGCCGGGAUGCGGGUCGCGGGCGCGCAGGCGCGUCUGCGGAGGACGGCUGCGAGGCGUCCAGCCAGGCGCGUGGUGCGGAGCGCAGCCCGGCCGAUGCGACGCCACCCUCGCUGCCGAAGCGACGCGGCGCGGCCGACCCGGAGGGCGAGCCCGCCGGCGGCGCGGACGAGGGGCGGCCGGUCAGGAAGCGGCCGGCCGCCGCGGAGAGCCAAGCGGACGCGCUUGCGGAGGGCGCGGAGAGGACGACCUCGGGCGCCAGGGCCGCCGAAGGAGUAAAGUAG